CAUCACCACCAAUCACUUUUCAUCAACAGAUUCUGUUGUACCUAUUUCAUUUCGAUUAAUAAUUAUUAUUCUACUAUUUCCUAAUCUCCAUUGACUCCAUUCUACAAUCAACAGUCAAAAUUACGAAACGCUAGUCAGAGGACCGACCGGAGCAGACCUUUAUGCGAUAGUCGUCCAAUUAUUGUCGAGAUUACCGAAAACCGUACGACGUGCGUCAGUGUCGUCAGGCAGUUAUUCAAUUCCGACCAUCGACGUCCCGCCCUUGACCAGUAAGUUGUAUACCUACGUCGUCCAUUAUACCGCAUCAGCGACCCGGCCAAUAGAUCUAAAUAUCCCGGCACAAUGGCUGAUAACAAAGGACAGAGCACAAAAAAGCCGACCGACUCCCAAAAGAAACUCCAAGAGUCUCAAGCUCAGGUUGAUGAGGUCGUUGGAAUUAUGAGAGUCAACGUUGAAAAGGUAUUAGAACGAGAUCAAAAAUUAUCAGAGUUAGAUAAUCGUGCAGAUGUUUUGCAACAAGGUGCAUCUCAAUUUGAGCAACAUGCUACAAAACUUAAAAGGAAGAUGUGGUGGAAAAAUUUAAAGAUGAUGAUUCUAUUGGGAGUUAUUGUAGCAGUACUUUUGAUUCUUAUUGUCGGGUCAUUCUUUGGUUCCAAUUAAGUAAUGCUGUUUAUGAACAGAAAAAAGCGGAAUUGUCAUUUUACAUCCUGAAAGCAUUAACUUAACAUUAUUAUUAUUAAUAUAAAUUGUGAUAAAUAAUAAAACAAUGUGUCGCGGAAUUGCAUUUUUAAUAGAUUGCAAUAUUGCAUUAUAUACAUAUUUGAAUUUUU